AUGAACACCAGAACUGUCAUUGUUCUUGCAGUUUGUGCUCUUCUUUUCGUUUCUUCGAUCGAUUGUAAAAAAGUGAAGAAAAAUGCCAAGUAAGCGAUUUUUUCUUCUAUUUUCUAUCAAUAAUUUCUUCUAUUCAGAGAAGUCAAAGCCAAGAAAGAAAAAGUAGUCAAAGUUGAAGAACCAGUUGUUGAAGCCGCGCCAGAAGUCCACGCUGAAGUUGUUCCAGAAGUUCAUGCUGAAACUGUUGUAGAAGAAGUUCCAGUCGCCGCCGCAGCUCAAAAGCAUAGACUUAGCCCACCAAAAUCAUUGAAAGUUACUUCAGCUUAUGAACAAUGCAAAUUGGAAUGCAGAAAGGCCAGAGAUGCUGUUCAAGCCAAAGAUGUGAGAUUUUUUUGAAUUAUUUAUUUUUUGUACUUUUUGUAUUUAUUCUGGAAAAAAACAAAAGUGUGGGAGGAAAUCAACAACAAUGCAGAAUGCUAUCUUUGAAUUCAGUAAUAAAAUAUAAAAGAAUAGGCUGAAUUCAGAAAAAUCUUUUCUGAAACUAAAAUUUUUAAGCAGGUUUUUUUUGACAAAGUCUGGUUGAAAAAUUUCAAAAAAUCAAUUUGCCUUUGGUCCUCCAAUAAACACUAAAAAUAGGUACACACGGGAAUUUUCCAAACCGUUUUUUUCCAGUACGUCGAACAACUUCGCCAAGAACUCACAGUUGCCGAAGCCGCCCUCGCCGCUGAAGUUGAAAAUGCUCCAGUCGCUGAAGCUUCUGCCGUCGCCCCAGAAGCCACUCAACACUAA